AUGAGGAAGAGCACGUCUCCAUUGCCGGGCAAUGAAGGCGGGGGCUCAGCCAGCACCGCCCGUGUUUUUGGCGUGCCCCUGGAGGAGGUGACGCGCACCCCAACGAUCGGUGGACUGGAGGUCCCGGCGUUUGUCAAGGACAUUGUGGACUACAUCGAAGAGCAUGGUCAUCUGGACUUGGAGGGUCUCUUCCUGGUCAAUGGUAAUGCUGAACGCGUGGACUGGCUGCGGCGGCGCUACGACAGCGGCGAGGAGGUAGCGCUGGACAAGGAGGCAGACUUGGCGUCUGCAGUCAGUCUGCUGAGACUCUUUCUACAAGAGCUCCCCGAGCCUGUCAUCCCUGAGCCCAUCCAGGGCCCCAUUUUGCAGCUGCACCAAGAAAACGGCAGCGAGGAGGAGCUUUGCCGCAACUUGAAGUUCCUGCUCCAGCAGCUUCCGCAGCUCAACUACGGCUUGCUGCGCUUCCUGUGCCGGUUCUUGGCCAGCGUGGCGGCGCUGCAAGGGGAGAGCUGGAACGUCGGAGCGCUCGCGGCCGUCUUCGGGCCUGACAUCUUCCACCUGUCCGCAGAGGGCGAGGACCUGCGCGACCAGGAGUCUGUCAGUCGCGUCCUGGCCGAGCUGCUGGACAACCAGGAGGGCCUGUUUGACUCUGAGGACGACGACAUCUCCACUACCAACGACUACAGUUCCAUCAACGAACAGAUCACGGAGCUGCUGGACGAUGACAAGUGCGAGGCGGAGUGUGAGGAGCUGCCUCGAGAUGGCGAUGACGUCACCGCCUCUUCAAACUCACCGCAAUGCUCUGACGACCCGACAAACAGCUCCCAUCUCUCCCCUGUGCCCAUGCUGCCUGCUGACUCGGCAGAAAUCAUAGAGCGAACGAUCAGGGCUGCAGUGGAGCAGCAUUUCUUCGAACUGAAAUCCUCCCUUGACCAGGACCUAAGCAACUUUGACGAUCAAAAAAGUGAUACAGCCCAGCCUGCAAGUUACAAUAGUGAAUGUCAGCAAAAAGGAAACCAAGAAGACACGCAGGAUGCAUUGGUGCCUCCGGAGGAAGGUUCAGGUAUGGAGCUUGACGCCCUCCGGGAUGCCGACAACAACAUCAACGGCGCCAGGGAGACCAAUCAACCUGGGGACACCACAGGUUCGGACUCUACUUCACGCGACCACAACGCCAAUACCAGCCAAACGUCAAGCAGUGACCACACCACUCACAUCCAGCUUUUCCCUGACAACCAAUGGGACGCACCACCACCUCUUCCUCCUCAUCUCCACCUCCCUCCCAUAGACUUCUCAUGUAUGCACCUGCAGAAGGAAGGCCAAGAUCCCGUUCCAGCCUUCAAGUCGUGGCAGGACGACAGCGAGAGCGGCGAGGCUCAGUUGUCCCCCCUGGCGGGCCGCAUGGUUCCCCUCCCACUGCUGCCCCUGGAAGAAGACGAGGGGGAAGAAGGCAGCGGCGAUGGCGGGCGGGAGGAUGCUUCAGCUUCCUCCUCCCGUUCGCACCCGCACGUCCUGGCGCGCCGCUUCCUGGACUUCGGCGUGCACGGCGCACAGCGCUUCCUCCAGCAGGACGCCGAAGCUACCUCGCCGACCAAAGCGCACAGGCCGAGGCGGGCGUCGUUUGGCUCCAAGGAGGCCCUGAGAGGAGGCGACUCUGUAACGCACCAGCUCACCAAGAAGCUUCAACACCUCAAGAAGAAGAUCAAACAGUUUGAGGAGCAAUUUGAAAAAGAGAAAAACUACAAGCCGUCUCACGGCGACAAGGCAGCUAACACCAAAGUCCUCAAGUGGAUGACGGACCUCACCAAGAUCCGGCGACAGAUUAAAGGACGCCAGCACCACCUUAUUCCCAGGAGCACGCUGAGGCACCAGGCUGUGCUCCACUCACACAGGCGCCACCUGGCGCCGCCCGCCCCCUCGCCCCCCUCCCAUUGCACAUUUGCCCCUCACUCGGGCCCGUGUCACAUCAACGCCAAACACCGCGCCGAGAGCGACAUGGGCCCUCAGACUCGCCCGCGCAGCAACACGCUGCCCAAAAGCUUCGGCUCCACACUGGAGCAGACCGCGGCCCACCAGUCCGCCGCGCCGCAGCCCACCCGCGAGGAGACCCUGGAGCUUAUCCAGCGGCGCGUGAGUGGCAGGCGCCAGGAGGACGGUUGGCCCGACGACAUCAAGAAGAUGACAAAAGAACAGUUGUCUUGCGAGAAGACUGUCCUCCAGAAAAACCUGCUGCACUACGAAGGCCUGCACGGGCGACCGGUGACUCGCGAGGAGCGUCUGGUGGUCAAGCCUCUCUACGAACGUUACCGUCUGAUCAAACAGAUGCUCACCAGAGUCACCAUCACGCCCGCCGUCACCGUGUCUCCUUCCAGCAAGAGGCGGACCCAAACCCUCCAACCGAUCAUCGAGGGCGAGACCGCGCACUUUUGGGAGGAGAUUAAAGAGGAGGAAGAGGAGCGAGCGGCGGGCCUAGAGGAAGGCGACAAGAAGGAGGAGGAGGACUUCAACGAGGAGGACGAAGAGGAGGAAGAGGAAGAGGAGGAAGGAGAGAGCAGCGGAGGAGAAAUGCAGAGUUCUGAAGUCAUCAUGGCCAUGGAGACCACCGGCAACACCACGGCGGGGGGUUCUAUUAGGAGCAAGAUGGACGAAGGCUCUGGGAAGAUGGCGCUCGACCUGAGGCUGUCCAGCUCCAACGCUUCAUCCAUGCCAGAGCUGCUGGAACAGCUGUGGAAAGCCAGAGCAGAGAAGAAAAAACUGAGGAAAACCAUCAGAGAAUUUGAGGAAGAGUUCUAUCAGCGGAACGGCAGGAAUGUGCAAAAAGAAGACCGCGAGCCAAUGCUGGAGGAGUACCGAGCCUACAAGCGACUCAAGGCCAAGCUGCGUCUCCUGGAGGUGCUGAUCAGCAAACAGGACUCCUCCAAGUCCAUCUAA